GGAGGGCUCUGCUCCGCCCCUGGUGCAGCCGGCAGCCGCCUCGGGGCCGGCCCAGUUCCAUCGCACCGCUCUGCCCUUCUCGCGGCACUCCGCGCCCGCCUAAGCCGAGGGGUGGCGGAAGGCCGCGCCGUGCCACCGCCCCCAGGCGCAGCUGCAGGCGGGGCCGAGUGCGGGCGGGCGCGGCCAUGUCGGAGCAGGCGCUGGAGGAACUCUCGGCCCUCGCCGCCAUCUACUGCGAGCCGGGCGCCUGCGAGGUGCUGGCGAGCUCAGAAACAGAUGGAGUCACAUUUAGAAUUCAAAUCAGCGUGAAAGAGCUACUGGAUACAGAUAUACUUUUAAAGCUGCUGUUUCGUUUACCAGUCAAUUAUCCAUCAACUCUACCAGAAAUUUCUGUUAGCUCAGACCAGCUUACAAGGGCCCAGUGUAUGGACAUAAAAGAUAAAUUACUUGAACAAGCAGAGAAGCAUCUUUCUGAACCCAUGGUGCAUGAGCUGGUUCUUUGGAUACAGCAGCAUCUUAAAUAUAUCAUUAAGCAACCAGCAACAGUUUGCAAUGAAAAAAACACUUUGUCAAAAGGAGCAAGUACAGAGGAUGCUAUCUGGAUGCUCCUUUUGCAUUUAGAUCACAUGAGAGCGAAGGCAAAAUACGUCAGAACUGUGGAAAAAUGGGCUUCAGAUCUAAAACUGACUGGAAGACUGAUGUUCAUGGGCAAGAUAAUAUUGAUUCUUCUUCAGGGUGACAAGAGCAACAUUAAGGAGUACUUGAUUCUUCAGAAAACUUCUAAGGUAGAUGUGGACUCAAGCGGAAAGAAAUGCAAAGAGAAAAUGAUCAGUGUACUGUGUGAGACAAAAGUACAGUCACAGCAUAAAAGGUUUCAGAUGUUUGAAGUCAAAGAAUAUUCAACGCUGGAUGAGCUACAAAAGGAAUUUGAAACUGCAGGACUUGCAAAUCUCUUCUCUGAGUUUGUGCCUCCUCUCUUAAAAUAAAAAUAAAGCACUGGACUCUAUGACAAAAGUAGUAUUUGACUGCAGAUUGUUCUGGGAAAUAAAGACUAUUUUGACAAGGAAACUUAUCUACAAAAAAAGAAAAAGAAAAAAAAAAAAAAAAAAGCCAGGAGUUGCAAUAAGGAGAAAACAACAUAUACGUGAAGAAUUGAUUUUUUGACUUCCAUGCAUGGUAUAACUUUUUCAGUGGAAUGUGGAAUUAAUUAUGAUAUUUGCAUGGUAAAUAUGAGAUAUUAGGAGAAAAUAGUGUUAGAAUAAUAAGCUUUCAAUUAAACUGUUUUACAGUCCUGA